UUCUCCGAUGAUUAUAUCAAGAGAGGAACCGCCGGUGGCCACGAUGCCGCUCGCGACUUGAGGAAAGCUGUUUAUGAUUACCUUGAGCCCAAGCCCGAUUUUUUGCCCAACACCAAGAUUAUUAUCCAUAUCUUUGCCAAUGUCGCACGUAUGAUAAAGACGUACCAGGAGUCGAGGACGGUGACCGAUCCCGCUAUUCUCCCCCAGUUCCUGCAAGGUUUCAACCGAGAACACGCACUCUCAUGUUUUAUCGACGCCGGAGAUGAUAAGGAAGCUGCGGACAGUAAAGUCAAAGGUUCGUGA